UGUUCACUCGUCACUCUUCUUCCUUCAUAAGAGGGACGAAGUCGCAGAACGAAGAACUCUCUCUCUCUCUCUCUCUCUCUCUCUCUCUCUCCCCCACCCCCCCCCCCCACCUUGCUCGAAGAAGAAAGAAGGAGGCUGCUCUCUCUCUCGCUCUCUACAGCCUCUCUCUCUGUGACUCUAUCCCUUGCUCGAAGCUGUAGGAAGCAGGAAAUAGGAAGGCCGAGUUUUGUUGCGGAAAAAUGUGGCGAUCGAAGAACCAGAAGCAGCUCUCUUACAUCUCUGUCCCUGCCGAGUUCAUCCAGUCCUUCUCCUCCUCAUCUCUCAACUCGCUCCUCCUCUCCCCGAAGAAGAACCGCCGGGGAGCUCGCCUGUUCGCCGGAGGGAGGUUCUGGCUCGCCCUCUUCUCCCUCCUCACCUUCCUUCUCGUCCUCAUGGUCGGCUUCGACCUCGAUCCUUUCCUCCCGCCUUUCUCCUCCAAGCCUUGCACAACAGCCGAGGCCAUCUUCCCGUCCCAGAACGCCGCUGCGGAGGUUGACUCGAUCGCCCUGGCGACGCGCAUGGGCUUCGAGCCGCCGCUCCCGGCACACGAGCUUUCUGGAAUCGGAGCGGACGAAGUGGAGUUCUGGAAGCAGCCGGACGGGGAGGGUUACCGGCCGUGCCUCCGCUUCAGCGAUGAGUAUGGGAAGACGAGCGAGAUGGUGGCUCGGGAGAGGCGGAAGUUCCUCAUGGUUGUCGUCUCGGGAGGGCUCAAUCAGCAGAGGAAUCAGAUUGUGGACGCUGUCGUGAUCGCCAGGAUUCUCGGCGCGGCGCUCGUCGUUCCGAUACUUCAAGUCAACGUCGUCUGGGAGGACGAAAGCGAGUUCUCCGAUAUAUUCGACGUGGAGCAUUUCAAGAAGGCUCUGCAGGACGAUGUCCGAAUCGUAUCAUCUCUGCCUUCAACUCAUCUCAUGUCCCGGCCCGUCGAGGAGAAGCGUACGCCGGUUCACGUCUCGCCCCGGUGGAUUCGCUCCCGCUACUUGAAAAGGCUCAACAAAGAGGGCGUCCUUCUCUUGAGAGGCUUGGAUUCGAGACUGUCCAAAGAUCUACCUCCCGAUCUCCAAAAGCUUCGGUGCAAGGUGGCGUUUCAUGCAUUAAGAUUUUCGGCUCCGAUCAGAGAGAUGGGGAAUAGGCUUGCAGAAAGAAUGUGGCAGCAGGGGCCUUACAUUGCUCUUCACCUGCGAAUGGAGAAGGACGUGUGGGUGAGGACCGGUUGCCUUCCUGGUCUAAGCCGUGAGCAUGAUGAGAUGAUAACCCAAGAGAGGAUAUCUCGACCGGAGCUUCUCACGGGGAGAUCGAACAUGACCUACCAAGAACGGAAGCUGGCUGGGCUGUGUCCCUUGAAUGCCUUGGAAGUUGCUAGAUUGCUGAAAGCAUUGGGGGCACCAAGGAAUGCGCGGAUAUACUGGGCCGGAGGAGUUCCCUUCGGAGGCUUGGAAGCCCUUGAACCAAUUACCAGAGAAUUCCCUCAUUUCUACAAUAAGUACAACCUCUCUAUGCCUGGAGAGCUGGAGCCCUAUGCAAACAGAGCCUCCCUCCUUGCUGCCAUCGACUACAUCAUCUCUGUAAACAGUGACGUCUUCAUGCCUUCCCAUGGUGGGAACAUGGGGCAUGUAAUUCAGGGUCACAGGGCAUAUGCGGGCCAUCGGAAAUACAUAGUCCCGAACAAAAGGGUGAUGCUUCCGUACUUCCUCAACUCUUCUCUUCCCGAACUAGAAUUUAACAGAAUUAUAAAAGAGUUGCACCGGGAGUCGUUGGGACAACCUGAAAUCAGGACUCUGAAAGCGGGCCGGGAUGUUAUUGCGUAUCCAGUUCCAGAAUGCAUGUGCAAGUCCAAUUCGGCCAGUUAGAUUGGCGUCAUGCAUCUUAUUAAUGACAAGCAGCAGAUCACACAGAACGUGCAAAGUGAAGCCACUCUAAGCUCAUCAAGGUUUGUGGACGGUGACCACAUAUACAACAGAUGGUGGUUCUGGUCUUCAGAUCGGCGGCCGCCGGUGGCGGCAAUACACAUGAAACAAAAACAGCAGUUCAUACAAAAUUUUCACGUUAAGAAACUUGUUCUCCAGCAAUGUUUUGAGGCCUUGUUCUAGGCGAUGGAUUAGGUCUAUUUGGUUUAGGUCAAGUGGAGCAGUUGGUCGGUGAAGUGUAUUAGUUGGAAGGUGGGGGUGACGGUGCAUCCAGUUUGGUGUGCUUAAUUUAUUCGAUUUUUUUAUUCAGUUUGUUCAUUCUUUCUUAGGAUCAUAAAUAUUCUGUACAACAUUUUUUCAUUCUUUGUUAAUAAUUUUAUAUUUUUUGUGAUGUAUUA